CGUUUCAUUAUGGUUUGUCAGAAGCAUAAUUCAAUCCCUCUGACCGCUUCCAUCUUUUCAGGUGCGAACAGAACAUGCGGGGUCGUAAAAAACUUUUUUCUGUAGCCUAAAUUAAUCCCUCCGCAAAACUCCCGGCGUUUCGCAGCCAGGUGGAAUACUGACUACGGAUCGGGAAAAGGCAACCCUUAGGACAGGCUAUCUGACUCGCUUAUAUUGUGAAUUAUAACAUUAGUUAUGAGUCCAUUCGUAGACGUGGCCAUCCGAGAUGUUAGUAUCUAAUGGUAAAUGUCUUUGUAGUUUGAGUUAAACUCGCUUGGAAUUUCACUCGGAACAGUGAUGAUAUUACGGUUUAGUUCCGUGCUUUAACCUACAAAUAAAAAGUAUUUCGGGGUAUGGCACAUUAGCUGAGCUACGCCGAAGAACAUGCGACUAGUUGAGAGAGAGGUGGAAGCGCUGCGCUACGCUGCUCUUCCUUCUUCUUUGGUUUGAUGGCCUCUGUGAACGAGUCGCGCCGGUAUCAGGAGUCUCAGACUGAUGCUGCGGACCAGAAUUUCGACUACAUGUUUAAGCUGCUCAUUAUAGGGAACAGCAGCGUGGGCAAGACCAGCUUUCUGUUCCGCUACGCGGACGACUCCUUCACCUCGGCCUUCGUCAGCACCGUGGGCAUCGACUUCAAGGUCAAGACCGUCUUUCGCGACGACAAGCGGGUCAAGCUGCAGAUCUGGGACACAGCGGGUCAGGAGCGCUACAGGACCAUAACCACAGCGUACUACCGGGGGGCUAUGGGAUUCCUGCUGAUGUAUGACAUCACCAAUCAGGAAUCAUUCAGUGCAGUGCGGGACUGGGCGACACAGAUAAAGACGUAUUCGUGGGACAACGCGCAGGUAAUCCUAGUGGGGAAUAAGAGUGACCUGGAGGACGAAAGGCUGAUCCCGACGGAGGAGAGUCAGAGGCUCGCUAACGAGCUGGGGUUCCAGGUCUUUGAAGCCAGUGCCAAGGACAACAUCAACGUGAAGCAGACGUUUGAGCGGCUUGUGGACAUCAUCUGUGACAAGAUGAACGAGAACCUAGAAGGGGUGGAGAGUCUGUCUUCCGGAAACCGGGCGACCAACAUGAAAGACCCACCCCUGGACAGCCAGAGUAGCUGUUCCUGCUGACCGUCCAAUUGGGUCAUGACCAAUACUGUAUCCACGGUUACCAAAUUCCCCCGCCCCACGAGGGUAGAAACUUGUACCUCUCUGUUGGGUUCAGCUUAGGUGUUGAACCCCUGUUGAGUGACCAGUCUCUGGAUACAAAGCAAGACGCCACACAAGUGUACUCUUCAUCUCACUGCAGGGAAGCCCAGUCCGGUCACAGAGACUUGUCUCUUGACUCGACUCAGCCGACUUCGGAGGAGGGCUUCUCUCGCAGUACCUUUUCUUAAGCACUUCCAUUUGCAUAGCAGUAGAGGUGUCACAUGAUACAGUAAUACCAUAUACUGCCAAUAACACAUGAGCGUUUAUAAUAAUGCCUGCUGUUGCUACGCGGAACAAAACGAUUAGACGUACAAGCAUAUGCGAUAUCGCAACAUCUAUUUCGAAAUGGCUUUAACUGAACUGAAACUCUGCGGUUAGCAUCUAUCAGCAAGAAAACAUGUUUUGUCUACUUUAACCUGCACUCUUUCCUGAGCGGCCAAAGUGUCACUCUGCAAACUUACUGGCAAUAUAUAAAUGUCAACAAGCAUUAUUUCCAACACUCUCUAAACAUCUUACUCGAUAGGGUGACACAGGGUGAUGCUCUAUCGUCACCUUGUGUCACUCUGUCAUCACCCUGUGUCACCCUAUCGUCACCUUGUGUCACUCUGUCAUCACCCUGUGUCGCCCUAUCGUCACCUUGUGUCACUCUGUCAUCACCCUGUGUCACCCUAUCGUCACCUUGUGUCACUCUGUCAUCACCCUGUGUCACCCUAUCGUCACCUUGUGUCACUCUGUCAUCACCCUGUGUCACCCUAUCGUCACCUUGUGUCACUCUGUCAUCACCCUGUGUCGCCCCCCCCCCCCCCCCCCCCACAAUGGGGACCAACCCUCUCAGGUUUCUUGUUUUAUCCACCCUGGUGGAGAAGAGAAUUCGAGAUCCAUUCUGCCUAAAAUCACUUAUAUUCAAUUCAAUAUAAUCUGCUUGCUUGCUAGGGAACCACCAAUUUACACACAAACCUGAAAUAUUUUGUUACUUUUCGACAUGUAUUUUUAUGUUGUACUUUAUAAACCUUGUUAGUAGUAAAUAAGCAAUAAUUCUGCUUAUUACAAUGUGCUGAAGAGCUUACACAAACACAAAUGUGUUUUUUUUUUUAUCAUAAGUUCAUGUCUUCACAUGUGUUUUAUAUCUGAAUGAUUCGCUGUUGACUAUUCUGGGCUGUAGGGUAAGUCCGGUUUCCAGUGAGACUUUGUUUCACUGCAGGGACCAGCUGGAAAGGAUUGUUCAGAAUCUCACUAGUCCAGACUCCCUUCACCCUAAGAACCCUUGUCCUGCUGACACGUUUAUGGGCUCUUGUGUGAAUCUGUCGUUCUGUGUGUGUGUGUGUGUGUGUGUGUGUGUGUGUGUGUGUGUGCGUGCGUGCGUGUGUGUGCGUGUGCGUGCGUGUGUGUGUGUGUGUGCGCGUGUGUGUGUGUGCGGGGCACCAGCACUGUGUCUCA